ACUCAACUGUCGCAUGUCAAUAAUCGAAGUUGCAAGCCUAGUUCAGAAUCCAGAAUAUUUGACUGCGUAUAAUAGAAGUUCCUUCAGGUGCCCCGUAAAUAAAAAAAUCGCAACCAUGGUUAUGAAAGGAAUGACUUUCAAAAGUCUCAUGCACCACAAACCGCUUAUUCCACUAUACGUUUGUGUUGGGGCUGGAUGUCUAGGUGCAGUGUUUUACACUUUACGCCUUGCUCUCAGAAAUCCUGACGUACAAUGGGUGAACAAGGGAGAGAUUUCUAACGAAGAAUUCAGAAGUAAACAAUACAAGUUCUACUCUCCCAACAUCGAUUAUUCCAAACUUGAGAGUCCAGCUCCCAAAUACUAAGUUGUUAUGAUUCUGUAGCAUACAUUAGAUUAAUGAAAUGUACUUUUAUUUAUCAAUAAAUAAGAUCCAUACUC